AUGGUGAAAAACGCGAUCAAAGUCUACGCCAGAUUAAUGCCUGAAAAGAACCGGAGAGAUGCGAUGGAUUACAAAGUGUAUCACCGUCCCAAAGAAAACGUCGAGGAGGAUGUCCUGCUUGUUCUGGCCCCGACGCAAAAGUCGAAGGACUAUCCAGACAAUCGUGCCGAAUCCUGGAAUUUCUCCUUCUUUCGAAUCUUCGAGGAGCCCGCGACGCAGGGGGACGUGUUCGACAACGUGGCACGACCGGUAGUGGAAAGCGCCCUGGACGGCUACAACGGCACCAUCUUCGCCUACGGCCAGACAGCCAGCGGAAAGACGUACUCGAUAAUCGGGAACCAGAGGAACCACGAAGACCGUGGCAUCGUACCGAGAAGCCUGCAGUACCUGUUCGACGUUAUUCAAAAGCGACCGGAAAACGUGUACUCCGUCGAGGUGGCUUUUAUGGAGAUUUACAACGAGAACGGCUACGACCUGCUGGAUCGAAGGCAACGAGAGUUCGCGGUUACGAGAUUGGAAGAUUUACCACGGGUCACCAUUCAGGAAGACGAGAACGGCAAGCUGCAUUUGAAGAAUCUGACCUUCCACAACGUCGGAAGCUUGGAGGAUGCGUUCGAACUGUUACUAAUGGGCGAUCACUAUCGAGUUACCACGGAAACUCCGAUGAACCCGCAUUCCUCGAGAUCUCACUGCAUCUUUACUAUAGUGGUCUCCAAGAAAGAAUUCGGCGCUGAUCACUACACGCGGGCGAAGGUGCACCUGGUGGACCUAGCAGGGUCCGAACGGGUCUACAAGAGCUCGAUAAGCGGCACCACUCUGACCGAGGCGAAGUACAUUAACCUGAGCCUACAUUACCUGGAGCAAGUCAUAGUGUGUCUGGGUCAGGAGAGCGUGGGUCACAUUCCUUACAGGAAUUCUUGCUUGACGUCGAUCUUGAGGGACAGCUUGGGAGGGAACUGCAUGACCACCAUGCUAGCCACAGUAAGCGUCGUGUGCGCCAACUUGGAGGAGACAGUUUCCACCUGCAAAUUUGCGCAGAGGGUCGCUCUGAUAAGAAAUGACGUGAAGCUGGUUGUGGAGACGAGCAUGCAAAGCGAAAACGCCUUGCUGAGAUUAGAAAAUGAGAGACUCAGGCAGGAAAUUAGGGCUAUGGCAGGACAGAUGAAUUCUCAGGAACUUACAGCAGAUGAUAAACGAACUCUGGACUCUCGAAUCAGAGCUUUCUUAGAAUCGGACGCAAAGAUUUGCUGGGAUUAUAAUCCUAAGAGAGUGGAGUACUGCUUUGAGAGCUUCAAAAGGACUUUCGAGUUGAGCAGGGACCCAAAGAGUUGCUUGAAGAAACUGGAAUAUUAUAAAGACAUGGUCGUUCAGAGGGACAAGGAAAUUUCAUUGUUAAUCGAUCUGCUGAAAAAGGAAAAAGAAAAGAGGCAACACGGUAGAAAACAAGGUUGCUCAGGAUCAGUUGUAAAUGUGGAAAAUAGCUUAACACCAAACGUGCAGACCAAUGAAAGUGGGGAACCAUCAGCCCUGCUGUCGAUCGAAGCGAUGGAAAAUCGAAAUCAAUUGGAUGCAAGUGUUUCAAUGAUCAAUGAAAAUAUUAUGGAAGAUAACACGGUACCCACUGUUGCCAAUAUACUCGAUGAAACAAAAAUUUCUACGUUAAAUCGCGUUCGUCCGAAAAAAUCUAAGCGAAAAUCUAAACAUUCGAAAACUAUGGUUCAAAAUCACGUCGAGCAUAAUCAAAAUAAAAGCAACUGCGAUGAAAUCGAUACAAAUAAUUCUUUUCAACAGUUCUCAACAAAUAGAUCGUCGGAGUUAUUACCUUACAACGUUGUCAAUUUAAAUUUAUGUGAUUUGAUAGAGAAUAAAGUGACCGAAAAAGAAGAAAAUCAGCAAUCCUUUAGGAAACCUGAAGGAAAGCAAUCGAAAUGUGGGGAAAUUCAAACCUCGACGAAGAAGAAUAGAAUUAGACAGAAAAUUCAGACCAAUGUCAAAAUUAAUGCAGAAAAUGACAACAAUCUGAGCAUUAGAACGAAAAUUCCUAUCGAAGAAACCGAUGACACAUUUUACCAACGAUUUCUAAGCUUCAAUGUGCCUGACAACCCGACAAGAUCGUCGAGCAAAGAAUUAUUUAGAAAUGAGAGAUUUAAGACAGACUUUGAGGUACAGGAUCAUGGUUCUUCGAUUAAUAAUUCUUCUAGAUUGAAUUUAGAGUCCAAAAAUUUCGAUACGAGGGAACAACAAAAUGAUAAAAUGUACAACGACAUACGUGAUAAUUCGAGUUUUCGAGAACUAGAGAGCAAUAGGAUUAAAAAGAUUGGAAGAAGGACGAGUGUUGAUGGCUUAGAGUGUUCAGAAAAAUCUUGUAUUAUUAGUGGAGGAAUAGAUGUCAUGAAAGAGGGCUCGGAUCGAAAGAAUUACGAUAGGAAAAACGAACAUUUUGAGAAAUCGCUGCCUUUGACAGGUGAUCCAGAAAUCGACGAAGAAAUUAUUGCCUUUUACAAGGCGAAACGGUCAGGCGGUAUUUAUUAA